GAUCGGAAAAGAGUAGUGAGUAACUGUGGUUGUCCGUCGGGAUCUCCUUGGAAUUUGUGAGUUGAGUAGUACGCCUAUAGUUCAGUCCCUUUCUGGCUUCACUGUUCCCUUCAGAGCUGCUUCGAGAGAGAGAACGCAGCCGAGUAACUUACCCCGAAAGUUUGUGAGUACUUUGUUUCUCUGGAUAUUUCUUCAUUAAGACUGUAAAAAUGUCCUCCAAACAAGAAAUAAUGGAUGACCAGCGGUUCAGGCGGGUUUCAAAGGAUCCCAGAUUUUGGGAAAUGCCAGAAAAGGACCGAAAAGUCAAAAUUGACAAGAGGUUUCGAGCCAUGUUUCAUGACAAAAAAUUUAAAUUGAACUAUGCCGUUGAUAAAAGAGGACGUCCUAUUAGCCACAGCACUACAGAGGACUUGAAGCGUUUCUAUGACCUUUCAGACUCCGAUUCUGAUCUCUCUGAUGAAGAAAGUAAAGUACUGGAUGAAAAGAGAGUGAAGGAGAAAAAAAACCAGACCAAAAAGGAAACAAAGUCAAAAACACCGAUUGAGGAGAAAAAGAAAGAAACCAAGAAAACUGACCAAAAGGAUUCUAUAAAUAAAAAUGACUUAAAUAAUUCUGAAAGAAUUCAGAAAAUGAAAAACUCACAUAAAUCUCCAAAGAUAGAUUCAGAAGUAAGUCCCAAAGAUAGUGAAGAAUUCCUACAAAGUAGAAAAAAGAAAAGGGACACCACUGACCUUAGUGUUGAAGCUUUGCCCAAAGGAAAACUGAGGACCAAAGAUUCCAGUACCUCUGCAAUGGUGAAAUCUUCAACAGUCAGUGGUUCUAAGGCAAAAAGAGAAAAGCAAGCAGUCAUAAUGGCAAAAGACAGUGCUGGUAGAAUGCUUCACGAAGAGGCCCCGGAGGAAGAUUCAGACAGCGCCAGUGAACUAGGAAGAGAUGAGGAAUCCGAAGGUGAAAUCACAAGUGAUGAUAGAGCCUCAGCGGAUGAUGAUGAAAAUGAAGAUGAAGAAGAAGAGGAGGAUAGUGAGGAGGAGGAGGAGGAAGAGGAAGAAGAGGAAGAUGAGGAGGAUGAAGAAAGUGAUGAUGAAAGUGAUAGUGGUCCUGAUCUUGCGAGGGGUAAAGGAAAUGUAGAAACUAGUUCUGAAGAUGAAGACGAUUUGGCAGAUUUAUUUCCAGAAGAACCUGGUUUUGAACAUGCUUGGAGAGAAUUAGAUAAAGAUGCUCCUCGGGCUGAUGAGAUUACACGCCGACUAGCAGUUUGCAACAUGGACUGGGAUAGAUUAAAGGCAAAAGAUUUGCUGGCUCUGUUCAACUCAUUUAAGCCCAAAGGAGGAGUUGUAUUUUCUGUGAAGAUAUAUCCUUCGGAGUUUGGAAAGCAGAGGAUGAAGGAAGAGCAAGUUCAAGGACCCGUGGAGUUACUGAGUAUUCCUGAGGAUGCCCCUGAAAAGGACUGGGCCUCUAGAGAGAAGCUAAGAGACUACCAGUUCAAACGAUUGAAGUACUACUAUGCAGUAGUGGAGUGUGAUUCUCCAGAAACAGCGAGUAAGAUUUACGAAGAUUGCGAUGGCCUGGAAUUUGAAAGCAGUUGUUCCUUCAUAGACCUAAGAUUUAUACCAGAUGAUAUUACCUUUGAUGAUGAGCCCAAGGAUGCGGCCUCAGAAGUUGAUCUAACAGCAUAUAAACCAAAGUAUUUCACAUCUGCUGCAAUGGGAACAUCAACGGUGGAGAUCACUUGGGAUGAGACUGAUCACGAAAGAAUCACGACACUGAACAGAAAGUUUAAAAAGGAUGAACUUUUGGACAUGGACUUUGAAGCCUACUUGGCUUCCUCCAGUGAGGAUGAAGAAGAGGUGGAGGAAGCACCAGAAGGUGAAGAUGGAGUCAACAUAGGAGAAGAUGGGAAAACAAAGAAAAGUCAGAAGGAUGAUGAAGAACAAAUUGCAAAAUAUAGACAGCUCUUGCAGGUUAUUCAAGAAAAAGAAAAGAAAGGAAAAGAAAAUGAUAUGGAAAUGGAAAUCAAGUGGGUUCCAGGACUUAAGGAGAGUGCAGAAGAGAUGGUCAAAAACAAGUUGGAGGGAAAGGAUAAACUGACCCCUUGGGAACAAUUUUUAGAGAAGAAGAAAGAGAAGAAAAGACUGAAAAAGAAACAGAAGGCUCUUGCUGAAGAAGCCAGUGAAGAUGAGAUUCCUUCUGAUGUUGAUCUAAAUGAUCCCUACUUUGCUGAAGAAGUUAAAAAAAUAGGUAUAAAGAAAAAAUCAAUGAAAUCUGCAAAAGACGGUGCAACUUCAGAGGAAGAAACUGAACUAGAAAAACAAAAGGCCGAGAUGGCUUUACUUGUAAUGGAUGAGGAAGAGGACAGCAAGAAACACUUCAAUUAUGACAAGAUCGUAGAGCACCAGAAUCUGAGCAAAAAGAAGAAGAAACAGCUUAUGAAAAAGAAGGAGUUACUUGAAGAUGACUUUGAGGUAAAUGUCAGUGAUGCACGGUUUCAGGCAAUGUACACUUCCCACUUGUUCAAUUUGGAUCCUUCUGAUCCUAAUUUCAAGAAAACAAAAGCUAUGGAAAAAAUUCUGGAGGAGAAAGCACGACAUCGAGAACAGAAAGAAGAACUACUCAUUCAAGCAGUGGAGAGAGCACAGCAGGACACCGGAAAGCCAGCACAGAAGCAACGCAUGGAUCCCGCCUUGUCCAUGCUGAUUAAAUCUGUGAAAAACAAAACAGAGCAGUUCCAAGCCAGAAAAAAACAGAGGGUCAAAUAACUGAGAUAGCCUCUGCUAUCUCAAGUGUACAGAAUUAGCUAGCGUAAAGGAUAGUGGGAAAAAAGCCACCUUUCUGGAAUAUGAAAAAUACCCUUUUCUGACCAUCGUGAAGUUGCUCUUCAUUGGGGCUGGAGAGAUGGCUCAGCACAGGAAUAAUGUUGUUCUUGCAGAGAAUCCCAGCACCCACAUGCAGUUCACAACCAUAUGUAAUUCCAUAUGUAAUUCUUGGGCCCUCUCCUGGCCUCUGUGGGCCACGGUCUCCUUGCCCAUAGUGUGUGCAUAAACAUAAUUCCAGGCAAAAUAUUCACACACAGAAAAUUUUUAAACUUAGAAAAAAUGUUCCCCUUAUGUAAUUGUUUACCUAACUGUAAAUACUUCAUGUUUUAUACUAUGUAUUGUCACAGACUUGCCAUAAUAUAAUUAUAUAAACUAUAGAAUUCUUAAGACUUUUAUAUUGUAUGAAGUUCAUUUCCUACAAGUACGGUUACUCUUAAUUCGGCUCCCUAAGAUACUAUUUACAGUCUGUGUAAAUAGUGUCAGUUUUCUGUGUAAAGAGUGAAAACAAAUUGAAAAUCUGUAUAUGUAGUACCUUAGUCUCUGAAGGCAGGAGGCAAAUUUGAGAAGCUGGUAAAAUAAUAUAUUUUUCUAGUGUAAAGGAUGGAAGCUGUGAACCUUUUCUGUGCUUAGUAAUUUGCUUGUAGAACUAACUUAUAAAUAAAAGUGUGAGAUGGAUUUA